GCCCCACCUCAGCUGACUCCUUUCAAUGGGACAUAUUUGUGUAUUCAAUGACUGUGCAAAAUUUGUCUGACAAGUCUAACUUCUUUCAGAGUAAUCCAUAACUAUGUUAUUGGAAGUUAAAUUAUGGCCAGCCUGAGGCACGCUUCUGACAGCUGCUUUGUUUACCUCCCGGCACUCACACAGUUAACCGAGAUUGACAAGCCAGGGAUAGUUGCGCUGCGCAUGCGCACCUAAAACUGACAGAGGAAACAGCCGGGGAGUAGUCAAACUGUCCACGACCCGAGAGAAAGGAGAGGAAAAAGACGAAGGAACAAAUAACUCGGCUUCAGCGGAGGUUUUCCCCUUCACAGGACAGCUAUGCUCGUCUGGUCGCCAUCGCUUCCUCACAGGUGUCCGCUUCCCGGUCGCUGAAUGGCGCUGGUUACCGUGCAGCGUUCACCGACCCCCAGCACCAGCUCCAGCCCCUGCGUUUCGGAGUCCGGUAGCGGGGAGGAUGAUCGCCGCUCUCAGCCGAGGAGCAUCAGUGAAAGUUUCCUGACAGUCAAAGGAGCUGCUCUCUUCCUGCCUCGAGGAAAUGGCUCCUCUCCAACUUCAGCCUCUCGCUUCUCGCAGCUACGGAGUAAACAUGCAGGAGACAUCCAGCAGCAUCUACAGACCAUGUUCACUCUCCUCAGACCAGAGGACAACAUCAAGCUGGCGGUUCGUUUGGAGAGCGCCAGCACUCAGGCCACACGCUACAUGGUGGUGGCCUCAACCAUCGGACGCCAGGACACAGAGGAGAGCGUGGUGCUUGGCAUGGAUUUUAGUCCCGUAGACAGCUCAUGUUCAGUUGGUUUGGUUUUGCCCUUAUGGAGUGACACCUUAAUACACCUGGAUGGAGAUGGCGGAUUCAGCGUAUCAACCGAUAACAGAGUGCACGUAUUCAAGCCUGUUUCUGUGCAAGCCAUGUGGUCGGCUCUGCAGUCGCUCCACAAAGCCUGCGAAGUGGCUCGUUGCCACAACUACUUCCCAGGCAGCUUGUUCCUCACCUGGGUAAGCUAUUAUCAGAGCAGAGUGUCCUCCGACCAGACCCGCAUCAACGAAUGGAACGCCAUGCAGGACGUGCAGUCACACCGCGCCGACUCACCCGUCCUUUUCUCCGAUAUCCCCACAGAGAGAGAGCUUACAGAGCGACAGAUAAAAACCAGCUUGAGGGAAAUCAUGAUGCAGAAAGAUCUUGAGAAUGUCACCUGUAAAGAAAUACGAACAGAGCUGGAAAUGCACAUGACGUGCAACCUGCGAGAGUUCAAGGAGUUCAUCGACAAAGAGAUGAUUGUUAUUCUUGGCCAGAUGGACAGUCCUUCAGAGAUCUUUGACCACGUCUUCUUGGGAUCUGAGUGGAAUGCAUCUAAUUUGGAGGAGCUGCAGAAGAGCGGCGUUCAGUACAUCCUGAAUGUAACCAGGGAGAUCGAUAAUUUCUUCCCCGGCGUGUUUGAGUACCACAACAUCCGCGUCUACGACGAGGAAGCCACCGACCUGCUGGCUUAUUGGAAUGACACCUAUAAGUUCAUAUCUAGAGCAAAGAAAUCUGGCUCAAAGUGCCUGGUCCACUGUAAAAUGGGAAUAAGCCGCUCUGCAGCCACGGUGAUCGCGUACGCCAUGAAGGAGUACGGCUGGGAUUUGAAAAUCGCCUUCAAUCACGUCAAGGAGCGUCGGACUGUGACCAAACCCAACCCUUCCUUUAUGAGGCAGCUGGAGGAGUACCAGGGCAUACUGCUAGCCAGCAAGCAAAGGCACAACAAAUUGUGGCGUUCUCACUCCGAUAGCGAUCUGUCUGAGCACCACGAGCCCCUGUCCAAGUCCCUCGCCCAACCCAACAGUCUGGGUCGCUCCGACCCCCAUAACCAGGCAAGCAGCAUGUCGGGCUCCUCUGUGAGAGAUCUGCUGGAAUCUCUGGGAACUUCACCGAGCACUGGAAAACCAACACACUCCACGAGCCAGCCUGAUACCGGCACCCGCUACUUUGACGACGAGCCGUCGUUAUCAGGCGGCGCUAAAGCUCAAAGCCCGGAGGGAGCCUCUCUGGCUGAUAAAGCCUCCGACAGGCAGCUACCCCCCCACCAUCCCGACUCCACAGCUGGCUCUGUGGUAUCUCCCAGCCUCUCCAAUGGUCUGUGUGACUCGGAGAAGCAGCCAGCAUUCUCCCGGCCACGGGCGGCUACUGUGGUCCCUGAGAUUGAGAGGACAGACGCGGUAACUGUUGCACAAAGCGUUUUGGUGAGCCAGCCUCACCCACCUCCCUCUGUUCUCCACCUCCCCCCCUCUCCUGCUCCAUCGUCUACGAAUGAAGCCGUCAAACCUCAGGUUUCCUCCCCUACCCUCCCGGUCCCGGUGCCUGAACCCUUGACGCCGCCAAACGCACAACAGCCGGGAUCCCACUGUUUAUCGGCACCAGUGCUCAUUAAAAAAACGGACGAUCAUCAGACGUGCGGCUCAGAUCCUCCCUCCUCCAAUGACGCCAGUCCUCCCGGUGCUAUUCCACAGGACAAUGUGCUGCUGUUCGGCCAUAGUGCAGAUCACAUCAACUUUUUUAGUGCCAGGGAAAAAUUCAAGGGAAUGAGUCACGAUGGUAAAACUGCCGUGCAGCAGUCUCCCCUGCUGAAGAGCUGUGGUAAAGAUCAUCUGCCGCUGGCCCAGGAGGGCGUAAACAGUGAGGGGCAGGAGGAGGAGAACACAAAGGAAACCCAUGCUCCUGUGCAGGUCGCAGGAGUAAAACCCACAGAGACCCUCGCCCGACCAGAACCACAAAGCUCCCACGACCAAGCAGGGAUGAGGUCGAAGGAGGAAACGGAGAAUCUAGACACUGUCCCUCAGAAGGAGGCCAAGAGUGUAAAAGAGGAAUCAAGAGACAAAGAGGACGAGGAGGCCGCCCCCGCCCGUCUCUACAGCGACUGGACGAGGGGGUCCGUGCGGCGAGUUACGCAACAGCUAGAGCAACGGAUGAAACAAGAACACGAGACGCCGUUAGCCUCGUCCUCUUCACUCUCGCUCGCUGGGAACGCCUCCUGCUCUCAGCCCCGCCCAAGCAGCUUCCACUCCACGACGGCGUCCGGGUCACAGGAUGCAGGGGUCCGCACUCUGGAGGAAGAGCGGGAGGGCCGGGGGGGUGGCAUGUUUAGUCCAGCCGGCAGGGAGAACGCACUGGGGGUCCUGGGGAAUAUCGACAAAAGCACAAAAGGACACAAACUCCAGCCUGCUGAAGCCAGAUUGCUCUCUACCUCUUCUCCUUUCCAGCACUCUGUGCCGUCUCCCUUUGCCUCCGUGAACUUCCUGUGUCUGGAAGGUGUGACGGAGCUCGAGUCGUGCGUAGACUGGGACUGUUUCACAGAGGGACCGCAUGCCGACAUCGCCACGAGGGCGACGUGGGAGACGCUGUGCGAGCUGGGUGCCUUCCUGCAGCAGGUCGGCUCGGGUGGAGCGUGCACGAGCCCGGUCUCGGGGAGUGCUCCGAAGCAAGGCAGCGGUAUCCAGAAGAGGUUUAGAGAGGUGGAAGCCAGGAUCCGCCAGGCGGGCUUGACCCCUCCGUCUCUGAUGAAGCGCUCGGCAUCGCUGGCCAAACUGGGCUGCCUGGAGCUCCUCGCCAACGAACUGAGCGAGCUGGAGCGCAGCUGCUCCGCCGCCGCGGCCGCACCCUCUUCUCCAGCUCUCCUCCAGCCAGCUAGCGACGAAUCUAAGAAGCAGCGGGUGCACAGCUCUCCCUCCUCCAGCAGCAAAGAGCCGGAGGCCCCGAACGUCACGGCUACGAGCCUCUCUGCUGCCGGAGAAAGCCCGCCGGCUUCAGAUCGGAGCCCGCCGAAGGAAAAACUUCCAAACGCCGAGCAAGACGCCGCCGAUUCGCCCGGGCCGACGCUUCUGACAAACAGGCAGCAGUACGGAAAGACUCACCCACUGAGGCAGCUUCAGAAAAGAACCGUUAGCACCCCGUACCACACAAUGUGACCCUCGCUCCGCGUGUAUGUGUAUGUGUGCGUGCACCUCUUUAAGUGGAAAUCAAGUGUAAAUGUUAGUUAUUCAGCAAACCGAUGCCUCUUGCCUUAAAGGAUUCUUUUUAGUCGUUGUUUUUAUACGUUUUUUUCCCCCCACAGAUCCACCAAGAACCCCUGAAAUCUUUGAUAUCAAGCUCAUCUUAAAAGCAAAUGACAAGGCUAUGAAGGUUCCAGUCUGGUGAACUCAGUCAAAAAAUGAAAUAAAACAAACAUAGUGUAAUCCAGACACCGUCUCGUUCCUGAGCCUGUACAUGCUCCCCCGUGCCAAUCCUCGCUGCUUUUCUUGAUCUCUCUCACACGUGUAUCACCAGAAGCUGGAAUAUUGCCUCUGUCAUUCCUGCCUCUUGCUAAUGUUCCUCAGUCCCAUGUUUUCUGGAGAGACGACGGCGCCGCUGAUCCGUUGCAGUUUUAUUCAUUUUCAUCUGAUUGCUGCCAAUAUUUUUUUAAUGUCAAAAUCAGGCAGAAGUUGUAACCCCCCAACCGUCUCUUCAACGCAGAUCAAAAAGGUGUUCCUAACGCUGCUUCAGCAGGAAGUGGAGACCCAAUUAUUAUUAUUUUUUCUUGAUUUCGAUACGGAAAGAGUGGAAGAAGGUUUCUCCUUUUUUAAUUUUUUAUUUUCAGUAACACAAUACCUCAAACUAGUCCGAGCUGCGCAGACAUCAGGGUCUGGUUUUCUGGAAUGUCAUCCUCAGUCUGAAACAAUUUCACCUACACUUGAUAAACUGGAAAGAAAAAAAAAAAAAGUGUGUCUUUCAUUGUCCUCACAGUUCUGAAGCCACUCAGAGCAGAUUCCUCAUGGAUGUUCACCUGUGAUGGUAAAAAGGGGAGCUUUGUGGGGGGGCUUGGAGUGUAAUGGCAGAGUUUAUAUUUAUGAAUUUCCUGCUGUGAUCUCUUUUGGAUGUACGUCUAUAUUCUGAGUGUUUUAGAAACUGUAUGUUUUUUUUUUUUUUUUACAUCUGGCUUGUGUCAGUGACUGAGUUAGUUUUAUUUUGAACGGAUCUCUUUUGUACAGCUUUUAGGAGUGUGCCUGUGACUGGCAAGGGAAACUACUCUGCAAUCAGAAAUAUCUGUACAGGGACGUCUGUCAUACAUGCACUUUACUCCCUUUUGUUUUUUAAUAUUACUUUUAAUUGGGACUUUCUCUUUACGUGGGUUUGCUACUUUUGGGGAGCAUGCUUAGGCUGUAGUAGGUGUCGGGUAUGUGUGCGUGCGCGUGUGCGUUUUAAUGUCGAAUACGUUUUAGAUUUUAUUUGAAUCUGUCAAUGUAAAUAUUUUAUAUUAUGUGCUUCAACUGUGACCAUUAAAAAAUGGAGAUUAUUAAAA